CGUGGCUCUCCUCAUCCCCUUCUUUCCACUCUCCCUCCCGCCACCUGCCCAGCUCCGGAGCCGUUUGUCGUGUUCACACAUAAAGACUCAGGACACGAAAGUCAGGGGCCAAGCUGGCGCGGACAGGAGGGGCCGAGCGACCCCCCCUCUUCGCCCCCGCGCGUCUGACUCCCCGGGACCCCUGCUCCCGCUCCACGGGGGGUGCUGCCUGCGGACCGGCCCCUUCCCGGCUCCUCCCGCCGCGCUGGGGCUCGGCCACGUCUGAAAGCGGCUCAUUGUCUGCGCGUCCCGCUCGGCGGCGUCUCCAGUGAGCGGAGGAAGCGGCUGCAGUGUAUUAGUUGCUUUCCUUCAGCCAGUAUGAUGAGACUUCGGAUUUCCAGCACUAUUGUUGUAGUUUUCCUUAUGAUUCAGACUGGAUUCUUACUAUUUAUGUAUGCUCAACGUAGCAGCUUCAUGCCUCAGUCUGAAGAGAAGCCAUCUCGGGUGCACAUCCUUAUUCUCUCUUCCUGGAGGUCAGGAUCUUCCUUCGUUGGCCAACUGUUUAGCCAACACCCUGAUGUCUUCUACCUGAUGGAACCUGCCUGGCAUGUGUGGGUAACGAUGUACCAGAACAGUGCCAAAGUCUUACAUAUGGCUGUUAGAGACCUAGUCAGGUCUGUCUUCAAGUGUGACAUGUCUGUAUUUGAUGCCUACAUGCCUUGGAAGAGAAAUUUGUCCGAUCUGUUCCAGUGGGCAGUGAGUCGGGCACUCUGUUCAGCUCCUGCCUGUGAUUCCUUUCAACGCACCGAUAUUACCAAUGAAAUGGCCUGCAAGACCCUUUGUGGCAAGUACCCAUUCAGCAAGGUGGAGGAAGCUUGCAAGACCUAUAGCCACAUUGUCCUCAAGGAGGUCCGGUUCUUUGAUCUGACAGUUCUCUAUCCCCUUCUCACUGACCUCUCCCUGAAUCUCAAAAUCAUUCACUUGGUGCGUGAUCCCAGAGCUGUUGCCAAGUCACGAGAACAAUCAGUAAAAGCCUUAGCUCGUGACAAUGGGAUUGUUCUGAGCACCAAUGGCACUAAAGUGGAGGACAGCAAAUAUAAAGUAAUGCAGGAAAUUUGUAGAAGUCAUGUUCAGAUUUAUGAAACAGCUACUCAAAAACCUCCAAGAUUUCUAAAAGAUCGCUAUUUGAUGAUCCGUUUUGAAGAUCUGGUACAAGAUCCCUUAUCAGAAAUCAGAGACAUGUAUACAUUUGCAGAUCUUAGACUGACCCCCAGACUUGAAAGCUGGAUCUAUAAUAUCACACAUGGCCAGGGACCAGGAAAGAAAAGGGAAGCCUUCAAAAUCACCUCCCGAGAUGCAGUUAACGUUUCCCAGGCCUGGAGGAAUAUUCUUUCCUUCCAGAAAAUUAAGAAAGUACAAGAAGUCUGCAAAGGUGCUAUAAAUAUGCUUGGCUAUAAACUUCUGGAUUCUGAGAAAGAGCAAAAAGAUUUGUCAUUAGAUUUAGUGUUGCCAAGACAAAGAAACCAGUUCAGUUGGUCACCAUUUAAUCUGAAAAACUAAGACAUAUUACUUUGAGAGGUUUUUUGGAAAUUUUAUGUAUCUACUGUGCAAUGUGUAGGUAGAAUGAAAAGAUUUGGCUGUCAGAUUUAAUCCUAGUCCUAGCUGCUAUUUUUUUCAAGUGAUGGAAGUUUGUUUGUUUUUUCUUCAAUUUCACACAUUGGAGAAUGUGAAACAAAUGAGAAAUGCAGCAUGAGAUUUGUCAGUUUGCAGACUUACAGCUGAGGUGAGCUGUUGGGAACACUGCAUCUUGUAAAUAUUAUAAUUUAAUAUGUUAAACUAUAUGUCUUUCAAAGGUGAAUUAAUGGAGAUGGAAAAUGUCUUUUUUAUUUAUUGAGUAAUACUUUAAUUUUUAAACUUUGAUUAAACUCAGGAUAACAUUUGAUUAAACAUUUUAAGGAAAUCUCAACAUCAUCUCAAAAACAAAUGCAUGGAAAUCUGGAUGGCAUAAAUUCUCUCAGCUUUCUGCAUUCUUUGUUUUUGUUUUUUUGUUUUUUUUGUAUCCCCUGAUAUAUUGUCUUUUGUAUUCUCCCCUGACACCUUCAAGCUAUUUUGCAGCUCUGUGUUUUUUGAAAACUUGUCUGAAUCUUUUUGUGUGUGUUAAUUUUCAAUAGUGCAGAUCAUCCUGGGAAACCCCAGAGAACUGAGGUUACUUCUAAAAAUGACCUAUCUUUGGGUCAGCUGUGAAAUCCUGAAUUAUUUUGUCAAUAGAUUUACCUGUGCUCUGAUCUGAAUGGCAGAGUUCUCACCAGCUAUUUGAUCAAGGCACUGGAGUAGAGCUUUUGCAUUGGAGUAUGGAAUCUAAAAGCAGAAAAUAGAAGUAGAAAAUUAGAAUGAGGGAAUCAUCGUGGUAAUAGCCUGUUCAAAAGAACAUAAUCAUAUGCUCUAUAACUCCAUGACACACAUAAUAGGAACAGACCUGCUUCUACAAUCUGUGUAAUUUACAGCUUUUUUUUAAAUCAAAUUCUAGUUGUAGUACUGAAGAGUCAAUUCUUAAUGAAAUUCACCACAGCAAAUAUGUCUGCCUUUGAAGCUUGUGUAUUAUUUAUACUUCCGUAUGCAAUUCUUUGACAGAAACAAAUCUUGAAGCAGAAAUAAAGACUAAUUUAAAACUUUUCAUCUGAACAAAGGCAUUAAAUCAUCUAACAUUUAAUCAGUUUUGGAUACACAGUUAAUAUUAAUUGAGGGAAAUCAUUAAACUCUUAAUUUUGGAAGUGGUUUGGGUAAAAUCUCAACUAAGUAUAUAGUAGGGCUGUCAAACUAUUAAAAAAAAUUAAUCUCAAGAUUAAAAAAUAAUCCUGAUUAAUCAGUUUUAAUUGCACAGUUAAACUGUAAUAG